AUGGAUGACGAUCUUUUCGGCGUCUUUUCGGAGACGCCUGCCAACUUGCCGGUGAAAAAGAGCAACGACAAGCCUACAGAGCAAAAACAGCCGAAAAAAAGGCCCGCUCCAUCGCAAAAUAACAACAAGAAAGACAAGAAGCAGGAUAAGCUGGAGAAGAAUGAAAAGAGGAAAAACCCCGUCGUCAGUGACGCCGUGGAGAUCGAGGCUUCGAGAGAAGUGGCUCCUUCAGCCGGUCUUAUGGCUGCCAAGGAGGAAGAGUCCAAGUUGAAGUUGAAGCAUCAGGUCAGACACCAGGUUGCCAUUCCUCCUGAUUUCCCGUAUGUUCCUAUCGGAGAACACGUCAGAACCAACGAGGCAAGAACGUAUCCGUUUACAUUGGAUCCGUUCCAGGAUACGGCGAUUUCGUGUAUCGACAGAAACGAGUCCGUGCUUGUUUCUGCGCAUACUUCUGCUGGUAAGACCGUGGUGGCUGAAUACGCCAUUGCCCAGUCUCUCAGAGAGAAACAGCGUGUCAUUUACACCUCCCCUAUCAAGGCGUUGAGUAACCAGAAGUACAGAGAGCUUUUGGCCGAGUUUGGCGAUGUGGGUCUUAUGACCGGUGAUGUGACCAUCAACCCAGACGCGGGCUGUUUGGUCAUGACCACCGAGAUUUUGAGAAGUAUGUUGUAUCGAGGCUCCGAAGUCAUGCGUGAAGUCGCCUGGGUCAUCUUUGACGAGGUCCACUACAUGAGAGACAAAAACAGAGGUGUGGUGUGGGAAGAAACCAUCAUUUUGCUUCCCGAUAAGGUGCACCAUGUGUUCCUUUCGGCCACGAUUCCAAACGCCAUGGAGUUUGCCGAGUGGGUCGUGAAAACCCACAACCAGCCCUGUCACGUUGUGUACACGGACUUCAGACCCACUCCUUUGCAGCAUUACUUGUUCCCUGCCGCUGGCGAUGGUAUUCACUUGGUGGUGGACGAAAAGGGAACUUUCAGAGAAGAGAAUUUCCAGAAAGCCAUGUCGUCCAUUUCCAACAAUAUCGGUGACGAUCCAGCAUCUGCAGAGGCCUCCAAGAGCAAAAAGAAGGGUGAAACGUACAAGGGAGGCGUCAAGGACGGAAAGAGCGAUAUCUACAAGAUUGUCAAGAUGAUCUAUAUGAAGAGAUAUAACCCUGUGAUUGUUUUCUCGUUCUCCAAGCGUGACUGUGAGUCUUUGGCCCUUAAAAUGUCCAAGUUGGACUUCAACACGGACGAGGAGCGUUCUGCAUUGACAAAGGUGUUCGAAAAUGCCAUUGAUGUUUUGCCUGAGGCCGAUAGAGAAUUGCCCCAGAUCAAGAAUAUCUUGCCCUUACUCAGAAGAGGUAUCGGUAUCCACCAUUCCGGUCUUUUGCCUAUCUUGAAGGAGGUCAUUGAGCUUUUGUUCCAGGAGGGUUUGCUUAAGGUGCUUUUCGCCACAGAAACCUUUUCCAUUGGUCUUAAUAUGCCUGCCAAGACCGUCGUUUUUACAUCUGUCAGAAAGUGGGACGGUCUGGGCUUCAGAUGGGUCUCUGGUGGUGAGUACAUUCAGAUGUCUGGAAGAGCUGGUCGUCGUGGUUUGGAUGACAGAGGUAUUGUUAUCAUGAUGAUUGACGAGAAAAUGGAGCCUCAGGUUGCCAAGGGUAUGGUGAAGGGUCAGGCAGACAGAUUGGAUUCUGCGUUCCACUUGGGCUACAACAUGAUUUUGAACUUGAUGCGUGUGGAAGGCAUUUCGCCGCAGUUCAUGUUGCAAAACUCUUUCUAUCAGUUCCAGAACGCUGCUUCCGUGCCUAAGCUUGAACAGCAUCUUCAGCAGUUGACUUUGGACUACAAUGAUGUCAAGGUUGACGAUGAGUUCCACGUCAAGGAGUACUACGACUUGAAGAUGCAGCUCGAGGGAUACCAGGAGAAUGUUCGCCAAGUUGUCACCCAUCCAGGCCACAUCCUUCCAUUCUUGCAGCCCGGAAGAGUCAUCAAGAUCAAGAUUGGUGAAUUCGAUUACGGUUGGGGUAUGGUGGCUUCUUUCACCAAAAGAUCAAACAAGAGAGAUCCUUCCCAGGCCUACACUGACCACGAGCUGUACCUCGUCAGUGUCUUUGUGUGCACCAUGUUUGUGGAUGCUCCAGUUAAUUUGAUCAAAUCAUUCAACCCUGUUUUCCCAGAGGGUAUCCGUCCUUCCAACGAGGGCGAAAAGCUGAGAGCCGAGUAUAUCCCCAUCACUUUGGACUCGAUCCAGGCGAUUUCCAGUGUCCGUUUGAAGGUCCCCGACGACUUCAAGAGCUCUACUGCAAAGAGGAACUUGGUGAGAACCUUGAGAGACUUGCCCAAGAAGUUGCCAGACGGAAUCCCUACAAUGGACCCUGUGGAGAGUAUGAAGAUCGACGAUCCCGAGUUCAAGAUGUUGUUGCGUAAAAUUGAUGUUUUGGAGAGCAAGUUGGCCACCAAUCCUUUGCAUGAGUCCGACCGGAUCAACGACUUGUACGCUAAGUACAGCCACAAGGUCGACAUUGAGACGAAGAUCGCCGAAACAAAGGACAAGAUCUUGCAGGCCCAGGCUGUCAUUCAGCUUGACGACUUGAAGCACAGAAGAAGAGUGCUCAGAAAGCUUGGUUUCGUUACUCCCGACGAAAUUAUCGAACUUAAGGGUAGAGUUGCAUGCGAGAUCUCCACCGGUGAUGAACUUCUCUUAACCGAGCUCAUAUUCAACGGUACCUUCAAUGACUUGCUGCCUGAGCAGUGUGCUGCGCUUUUGUCUUGUUUUGUUUUCCAGGAGCGUGCUAAGGAAGUUCCUAGAUUGAAGCCUGAAUUGGCUGAGCCUUUGAAGGCAAUGCAAGACAUGGCGGGCAAGAUCGCCAAGGUGUUCAAGGAAAGCAAGAUUGAAAUCGCCGAGAAGGAGUAUGUGGAGCUGUUCCGUCCCGAGCUCAUGGAGGUGACGUACGCCUGGUGUAAAGGCGCCAAGUUUGCUCAGAUCUGUAAGAUGACCGAUGUCUACGAAGGUUCGUUGAUCAGAACGUUCAAGAGAUUGGAGGAGAUGAUUAGGCAGAUGAUCCAGGCGGCCAAGACCAUCGGUAACCUUGAGUUGGAGGACAAGAUGGAGAAGGCCACGGAAAUGGUGCACAGGGACAUUGUUUCGGCAGCGUCGUUGUACUUGUAA